ACAGGGUUUCACCAUGUUGGCAAGGGUAAUCUUGAACUCCUGACCUGAAGUGACCCACCCACCUCAGCCUCCCAAAGUGCUGGGAUUACAGGCGUGAGCCACUGUGCCAAGCCAAUAUUUCUCUUCUGAUAAGACUGUAUCUUGUUUGCCUUUUUUUUAGGUGCAUGAACAAUUCUGUUCUUAUUUAUUUUCAUAUCAUGUUGAUAUUUCCCAAAGCAAUAAUACAAUAUUAAGAAGCAAUAUAUCACGUUUUAUUGACAUUUGCUUCUUUGUAAUGAUCCGUGAAACUGUUUUCCAAAAGUUAUCUAGAAUGGGUUGUUUGUUUGCUUAAGGCCUACAGCGUCUUGUAUUCCCAGGCAGUUUCCCAUCCAAGUACUAAUGAGGUCCCACCCUGCGGAGCUUCUGAGGUCAGACAAGAUUGGGUGCGUUCGGAGUGUAUGGCCGUAGACAAGAGGGUUUUGAGAUACUAGAUGUAAUCAAGGGCUUUAACUAGACAGCUUGAUCUUCAAGUUACAGUACAGUUAGAUGCCGAGGAGUAUAGCAUGUAUAGCAUGAAGGGAGGAAAAAUAUGAUCUGAGAGGAACACCAAAAUCAAGAGACAGGGAGGGAGGGGCUGGCCGGAAUGGGUUCCGUAGUUGGCUCCCAGUUUUUCUUGGUGAGGAAGAGUUGAUCAGACUAAGAAGUCAUCUUCUCUGGUUCAGAUAUGAUCACUCACUUCCUUAGUCAACCUGCUUGUUCUCACCUGGAACCAUUUGGUUCUUCCCUUGAGUCAGGGGUCGAGGAGCAAAAGGGAGGAAACUGCUAGAGACUGAGAUCAAUGCAUACUCUGAAAACAGCUUAUUUGGCAAGGAAGCCUCCUGGGCUCAGCACCCCAGCAACAGCCCCUUUGCUGAAGCACCCUGAGCAUUGAGAGUGCUUGUGUUUUCUAGCUGCGGUUGGAUUUCUCACGAUAUCCAGUGUUAUCUCCAUGUCUGCCCCUUUCUUCCUGGGGAAGAUCAUCGAUGUCAUCUAUACCAACCCCACUGUGGACUACAGCGACAACCUGACCCGCCUCUGCCUUGGGCUCAGUGGUGUGUUUCUGUGUGGUGCUGCCGCCAAUGCCAUUCGUGUCUACCUCAUGCAAACUUCAGGUCAGCGCAUUGUGAAUAGGCUGAGAACUUCGUUAUUCUCCUCCAUCCUGAGGCAGGAGGUUGCUUUCUUUGACAAGACUCGCACAGGAGAAUUGAUUAACCGCCUCUCAUCAGACACUGAACUCCUGGGGCGCUCAGUGACUGAAAACCUCUCAGAUGGGCUCAGGGCCGGGGCCCAGGCUUCUGUAGGCAUCAGCAUGAUGUUUUUUAUCUCACCUAAUCUGGCCACCUUUGUUUUGAGCGUGGUGCCUCCAGUGUCAAUCAUUGCUGUAAUUUAUGGACGAUAUCUACGGAAACUGACCAAAGUCACCCAGGAUUCCCUGGCACAAGCCACUCAGCUAGCUGAGGAACGUAUUGGAAAUGUAAGAACUGUUCGAGCCUUUGGGAAAGAAAUGACUGAAAGAGACAAAUAUGCCAGCAAAGUGGACUAUGUGAUGCAGUUAGCAAGGAAAGAGGCAUUCGCUCGGGCUGGCUUCUUUGGAGCAACUGGGCUCUCCGGAAACCUGAUUGUGCUUUCUGUCCUGUACAAAGGAGGGCUGCUGAUGGGCAGUGCCCACAUGACCGUGGGUGAACUCUCUUCCUUCCUAAUGUAUGCUUUCUGGGUUGGAAUAAGCAUUGGAGGUCUGAGCUCUUUCUACUCGGAGCUGAUGAAAGGACUGGGUGCCGGGGGGCGCCUCUGGGAGCUCCUGGAGAGAGAGCCCAAGCUGCCUUUUAACGAGGGGGUCAUCUUAAAUGAGAAAAGCUUCCAGGGUGCUUUGGAGUUUAAGAACGUGCAUUUUGCCUAUCCAGCUCGCCCAGAGGUGCCCAUAUUUCAGGAUUUCAGCCUUUCCAUUCCAUCAGGAUCUGUCACGGCACUGGUUGGCCCAAGUGGUUCAGGCAAAUCAACAGUGCUUUCGCUCCUGUUGAGGUUGUACGACCCUGCUUCUGGAACUAUUAGUCUUGAUGGCCAUGACAUCCGUCAGCUAAACCCAGUGUGGCUGAGAUCCAAGAUUGGGACAGUGAGUCAGGAACCCAUUUUGUUUUCUUGCUCAAUCGCUGAGAACAUUGCUUAUGGUGCUGAUGACCCUUCCUCUGUGACCGCUGAGGAAGUCCAGAGAGUGGCUGAAGUGGCCAAUGCAGUGGCCUUCAUCCGGAAUUUCCCCCAAGGGUUCAACACUGUGGUUGGAGAAAAGGGUGUUCUCCUCUCAGGUGGGCAGAAACAGCGGAUUGCAAUUGCCCGUGCUCUGCUAAAGAAUCCCAAAAUUCUUCUCCUAGAUGAAGCAACCAGUGCGCUAGAUGCUGAAAAUGAGCACCUUGUUCAAGAAGCUCUAGAUCGACUGAUGGAUGGAAGAACGGUGUUAGUUAUUGCCCAUCGUCUCUCCACCAUUAAGAAUGCUAAUAUGGUUGCUGUUCUUGACCAAGGAAAAAUUACUGAAUAUGGAAAACAUGAAGAGCUGCUUUCAAAACCAAAUGGGAUAUACAGAAAACUAAUGAACAAACAAAGUUUUAUUUCAGCAUAAGGAAACAAUUACUGGUAAACAACAUGAAAGACUUUAAUGCAAAACAGUGUUACAGAAAAAAAAAAGAGACUGUAUGAAAUACGUAAACCAUAUAUCAAGUUAUUUGAAAAAUACCUAUUUUUUUCCAAAGUGUGUAAAAUAUUGUUUUGAAAUGUACCUGUUCUCAAGAUCUUUUUAUUCAGAGUUUUAAAAAUUGUAACUUUGUAAAUGUCUAUAGCACUGAAGUUAUUUUCAGGUUCUGUAUUUUCUUUUAUUGUGGAAUACUUUAAUCAAUAUAGCAUGGCACCUCAUUUUCUUUUGCCUACUGUUAAAGAUUAAAGCUAUUGUCAAAUGACAACUUUAAAAAGGGAAUUAUAAAUAAAAAGCCUGAUUAUUUUAGGCCAGUUUACCAAUCACUGUGUAAUUCUUCUGGUAGUAUUCUACCUACUUUUGAGUCUAAUUUUACUAGAUAAGAGUAAUGGAAAAUGAAAAUUUAACCCUUUAUUCUGAUAAUCUCAUGAAGCAAACCUAACUCUUUAACAUCAGCUGGAAAGAAGGGAACAUUUCCAUUGCCCGUCUCCUUUGUCUUCAAAGGUGUGAGAGUUGAGGAAUAUGUGUUCCUAUGGGAACUAUGUUUGAAUAUGUGCAGUUUUCAACAUUGUGGCACAUGAAAGCCUGACAAGUUUUUAAAAGGGCAGAAGCUUUAUUUUUUGAACAGGAAAAUGUAUUUUUUAAAUUCACAUGUUUGUAUGAGUACUUUUGGGAAGCAAGGCAUGAACUACUAGGUAUUAUUAACAAUGAAUGAUUUUUGCAUUUAAGUUGUUUGAAGGCAUGUAUUUUGAAAAAUAUCUGUUACAAAUUUAUAUUUUCAAGACAAAUUGAAUCUUAUUUUGUAAUACUUUUGGAAUUUCAUUAAUAAGGCUAAAAUCUGGGGAAUAUUUUCAGCCUUAAGAAAUUUAAGUUUGGAAGUCCUUGCUAUUCAACAGAAUAACAAGAAACCUUCAGAAUGUAUCACUCUCCUGAAAAGAAGAUAUUAAGAAGCCCUUUUAUUUAUGGUUAUAGUUUUAUUUAUAGUCUCAAAAUUCCUAAAGUAAUGCUACAACCAUUGAAUUUGCCAUAUUUUGUAUCAGUGCUGUUAAUUUGCUGUUGCCUCAAGAAAAAGUGCUUUUUCUCCAUUGAUGAGGCUAGACCCUAAGAAGUAAUUAAGUCAAUGGAAAUCGAAUGGAAGUUUUUCCAUGAACUAAGCAUUUAUCAGUUCCCUGAUUAGACUGGAAGAAGAAACCACUAUUUCAUGAAAAGCAUGGAAUAUUAUAUUCUUCAUAAUUAAUAAAAUUGAUAUGAAUGAAUGUAGUGUUCUUUGAAUUAGUAAACAGUACAGCUGUGACGAUCAUUUUUAACAAGCUCUACUUGUGUUCUUUAUAAAGUGUGAUUUUCAGAAAGCAAACAAAACACAAUUACAAGGUUGAAUCUGAGGAAAAUAAUCCUUGUGCCAUAGAAAUAUUUACAAAAUUGCAUUUCAUUGUUAUGUUUUAUUUUCUGAUACAUGAUGUUCAAUUAUAUCUUUAGGUAAUAUUUUAUAUCAUAGAUUAAAAUUUAUAGUGAACUUUA